CUUGCGCGUCGUGUCCUUGCCAAUUUCCGAUGGUUACAGCAAUGUUGCUUAGUUUUCUGGUUGCGUGGAAACUAAAAGGCUGCAUUGAGCGAGCACUCAUGUUAAGGUAGAUUUACUGUUUGCGCACUGUUGUCAGUGUGGCUCUUCGCACAAGUUGGGCGAGCUGCAACAGAGGACCUCAUGGAAGCGACGGAAAAUAUUGGCCGAAUUGCAGUUUGGAGUGGAAUGAAUUAUGAUCUAUUUUGAAAAUGUGAAAAUGUGUGUCUUGAAACUAAAGUGAUUCUGUUGUGUGCCACCCGCCAUGCGAAGGAGAGGAAGAAUGCUAAAUAUGCUUGACAGCUAUUGGGGAGGUUGACACUGGCUCCGCCCCUUCUCCCAGGUUGGUCUUCCCUGGAGCAUGCCCAUAUCGCACCAUGCCCCUGCUGGCGAGCGGCUGGCUACUGCGCCACUCGGUGGUCAUGUGUCUGCUGCUGCACAGCCUGGUGCUGAUGACCUUCUGCUUCCACAAUGCCGCCACCAGCUGCUCCCAGGGCUGCUACUGCUCCGAGAGCGACGGCCGUGGCAAGAUUGUGCGCUGCAGCAACCUGCGUCUCACGGAGAUCCCCCAGGACCUGCCCAAUGACACGAGACACAUCUACCUGGACUUCAACCUGCUCACCAUGGUCCCCAGCAAUGCCUUCCGAGACUUGCCCCUGCUCAGCGAGCUGGACCUCUCCAACAACGAGUUGGCCCAGCUGGAGCCAGGGGCCUUCAGGGGCCUGGGGCCCUCACUCACCUUCCUGGACCUUUCCUCCAACAAACUGGUCAACUUUAACCCCGAGGCCUUCGAGGGGCUGCGGGCGCGCACCAACCUAACCAACAACCCGUGGCACUGUGACUGCAACCUGCAGCUGGCCAUGCCCCACAUCGACCUGGAGCCCCUGUCGCUGACGGGCAUCGUGUGCGAGACGUCGGAUCCGCCCGAUGUGGGGGCAGAGGGUGUGCCCUUCCUGCUGGCCCAGGACCUGGACCUGUGCGUGGUGAUGAAGAAGACCACGGACGUGGCCAUGCUGGUCACCAUGUUCGGCUGGUUCUCCAUGGUAAUUUCCUACCUGGUCUACUACGUCCGGCACAACACGGAGGAUGCCCGCCGCCACCUGGAGUACCUCAAGUCUCUGCCCACCAAGCAGGAACAAUCCGAGGCCUCUUCUACCAUCAGCACUGUGGUAUAGCCCAGGGCCAGGAGAACCCAGAGGGGAGCUAAGGCUGGAGAGCCUGGAGGGCUAAGACAGGUGGUUAUAGGGCCAUAACUUAGCUGCACCCACACCCCAGGCCAUUCAGUGUCAGCCAAGGACAGCUCUGCCUGACUGUUACGUGGGUGCCACAGCGGCUCCAGGAUUUGUGCCCAUGUAUGCAGGAAGCCUGUCCAGAUCUGGGCACCAUACGUAACCCAGAUGAAUAAUUCAACCAGAAGUGGCCCAUUAAGAGUUUCUGUUGGCUGAGUGGAUAGUCUACUCUGCCUGGGCACUAGGGGAGUAAAAGCAGGGCAUUUUGGAGAAGUCCAAAAAUGGGAUUUAAAAUGGAUUAAAUUGGAUUCAUCCAGUGGUGCAUGCACCUUGAUGCACUCUUAUCAAAAGGGGGCCACUCAAGGGGACUGUGAAUGGUCCUUUGGACACAUCAAACAGCAAUAACAACAACAGGAUAGCAACAAGCAGCAACACGAACUCUAUUAACGACUCUGUCACUCGUAUCCUUCCAUGUAGUAUUAUUGUUUUACACACAACAUCCAUACAGUAUACAGUCUAUAAACAGUGAAAUGUAGUUAUUUUCAAUUAAAUAAUGUAUUUUAUGGGUUUCAUGUUUAAUUAUUGUUGGUUCAAAUGGUCUAUUUCUACCUCAAGAAAUUCAAUAAACUCAGCAAAUGUAUGUGCAUGUGUGAACUAAACCAUCAGUUGAAUCUGGCUAUACUGAAUUCAGUACUGUACUGUACUGGGCUCCCGAGUGGCGCAGCGGUCUAAGGCACUGCAUCUCAG